UAAACAAUGGACUCUAGGAAUUUGGGAAUAGGAAUAAUAUUCUUGAUCGAGAAUACAGUUGGAUUUCUGGGAAAUGUCUCUUUCCUUUCCUACUACCUAGUUAUUUGUAAUAAGAAACAUAAAAUAAAGCCCUUGGAUUUAAUUCUUAUGCAUCUCAUCAUGGUUAACCUCUUGAUUAUUCUCUCCAAAGGAAUGGGAAACACAAUAACAAUUUUUAGCUUGAAACAUUUCUUCAAUGAUUGGAGCUACCAACUUUUUAUUUAUGUGAUAAGAGUUUUCAGAAGCAUGUCCAUUGCCACCAUCUUCCUCUUGAGUGUCUUCCAGUCUAUCAUCAUCAGUCCUAGAAACUCCUUUUGGAAGAACCUUAGAGUCAAAUCUUCCAAGGAUGUAGGUCUCUACAUUUCUCUAAGCUGGGUCUUGUCCAUCAUGAUAAAUGUUCUUUUACCUUUGUACAUGUACAUAAAAUCAAGACGGAAAAACAUAACAAAAGAGAUAGAUUUUGAACACUAUAGUGUUGUAGAUAAUGACAAAAUCUCAGUCUCCUUAUAUAUAGCUUUAUCAGUGUUUCCUGAACUCUUAUUUUCUGUCCUCAUUACCUGUUCCAGCAGCUCAAUGAUUGUCAUUUUGUAUAGGCACAAACAGCGAAUUCAACACAUACGCAACACUUGUGCUUUCCAUGGUAACUCCCCAGAGUCUAGAGCCACUCAGAGCAUACUUGUUCGAGUGUUCACCUUUCUGGUUAUUUAUACCCUCUCUACUAUUUCACAUGGUUGCAAUGCUGUAUUGUCUGGUCAAAAUUGGUGGCUUGUGAAGAUCACAGUCAUUAUAAGUUUGUGUUUUCCCACUUUGAGCCCUUUUGUACUUAUGAGUCAAUCCUCCCCUCUCUGUAGACUGUUCUUUCUCUGGAUAAAGCAUACAGAAUCAUCUAAUGUUAUUGUUACUAUAUAA